UGAGCUGGCGACCUCGGCAUUAGGAGCACGGCGCUCCAACCACCUGAGCCACCAGGUCAGCCCCAAGACUGACAGUUUUAUAAUCUCAUGUUUUCUAUGAUCAUUCCUGUGAGACGUCACUGAACGUUUUCUCAAGUGUCUUCCUCAUCCCUAAUGUGUAACCCUUCAACAUGGACCUGCCACUUUAGCUAAGAUAUGACCAACAAUGAAUAGUAGUAAGAUAUGUGCUGACUAGAAGGCUCGCUUGUGCAGUGUGGAGGAUAAGACAGUGCCUUACAAAAAUGGGGUUUGGGAGUGACCUGAAGAAUUCACAUGAAGCUGUGUUAAAAUUGCAAGACUGGGAAUUACGGUUACUGGAAACAGUGAAGAAAUUUAUGGCCCUAAGGAUAAAAAGUGACAAAGAAUAUGCAUCUACUUUACAGAACCUUUGUAAUCAAGUUGAUAAGGAAAGCACUAUCCAAAUGAAUUAUGUCAGCAAUGUAUCCAAGUCAUGGCUACUUAUGAUUCAGCAGACGGAACAACUUAGUAGAAUAAUGAAGACACAUGCAGAGGACCUCAAUUCUGGACCCUUACACAGGCUCACCAUGAUGAUCAAAGACAAGCAGCAGGUGAAGAAAAGUUACAUAGGUGUUCAUCAGCAGAUAGAGGCCGAGAUGAUCAAGGUUACCAAGACAGAAUUAGAGAAAUUAAAGUCCAGCUAUAGACAAUUAAUAAAAGAAAUGAAUUCUGCCAAAGAGAAAUAUAAAGAAGCUUUAGCUAAAGGGAAAGAAACUGAAAAGGCCAAGGAACGUUACGACAAAGCCACAAUGAAACUUCAUACAUUGCAUAAUCAGUAUGUAUUGGCAUUAAAAGGGGCCCAGCUUCAUCAGAAUCAGUAUUAUGAUACCACACUUCCUCUGCUUCUGGACUCCUUACAGAAGAUGCAAGAAGAAAUGAUAAAAGCACUAAAAGGUAUAUUUGAUGAAUACAGCCAGAUAACUAGUCUUGUUACAGAGGAAAUAGUGAAUGUCCAUAAAGAGAUUCAAAUGUCGGUGGAGCAGAUAGACCCUAGCACAGAAUACAAUAAUUUCAUAGAUGUUCACAGAACAUCUGCUGCUAAAGAGCAAGAAAUUGAGUUUGAUACUUCCUUACUAGAAGACAAUGAAAAUCUUCAGGCAAAUGAGAUUAUGUGGAAUAAUUUAACAGCAGAAAGUUUGCAAGCAAUGUUGAAAACUUUAGCAGACGAACUUACACAAACACAGCAGAUGCUUUUAAAAAAGGAGGAGGCUGUCCUGGAGCUAGAGAAGAGAAUUGAAGAAUCUUCUAAAACCUAUGAAAAGAAGUCUGAUAUUGUGCUUCUGAUAAGCCAAAAACAGACACUUGAAGAGCUGAAACAGUCAGUGCAGCAGCUGAGGUGCACUGAGGCAAAGUUUACAGCACAGAAAGAAUUGCUAGAGCAAAAAGUGCAAGAAAAUGAUGGAAAAGAGCCACCUCCAGUAAUAAAUUAUGAAGAAGAUGCACGAUCAGUUACAUCUAUGGAAAGAAAGGAGAGGCUAUCCAAAUUUGAGUCUAUUCGUCAUUCAAUUGCUGGAAUAAUUAGGUCUCCAAAAUCUGCAUUGGGCUCUUCAACAUUUUGUGAUACAAUCCCCACAAGUGAGAAGCCCCUGGCAGAACAGGACUGGUACCAUGGUGCAAUUCCCAGAAUAGAAGCGCAAGAUCUGUUAAAACAACAAGGAGACUUCUUGGUGCGAGAGAGUCAUGGGAAACCUGGUGAAUAUGUCCUUUCUGUAUAUUCUGAUGGACAAAGGAGACACUUUAUCAUACAAUUUGUUGAUAAUAUGUAUCGAUUUGAAGGCACUGGGUUUUCAAACAUCCCUCAACUUAUAGAUCAUCACUAUACAACGAAACAGGUCAUUACUAAGAAAUCUGGUGUAGUUCUGCUGAAUCCUAUUCCUAAGGAUAAGAAAUGGGUUCUCAAUCACGAAGAUGUCACUUUGGGAGAAUUACUGGGCAAGGGAAAUUUUGGUGAAGUAUAUAAGGGCAUAUUAAAGGAUAAAACUGCUGUUGCUGUUAAAACAUGCAAAGAAGAUCUUCCUCAGGAACUGAAAAUAAAAUUUUUACAAGAAGCCAAAAUUCUCAAGCAAUAUGAUCAUCCCAAUAUUGUCAAACUUAUAGGAGUUUGCACACAAAGACAGCCUAUCUACAUCAUUAUGGAAUUGAUUCCAGGAGGUGAUUUCCUCUCCUUUCUGAGAAAGAAGAAGGAUGAACUAAAACUGAAACAAUUAGUGAAAUUUUCAUUAGAUGCUGCUUCUGGUAUGUCGUAUCUCGAGAGUAAAAACUGUAUACACAGGGAUCUUGCUGCAAGAAACUGCCUGGUAGGCGAAAAUAAUGUUCUGAAAAUCAGUGACUUUGGAAUGUCUCGUCAAGAGGAUGGUGGAGUGUAUUCAUCUUCUGGCUUAAAACAGAUUCCCAUUAAGUGGACAGCACCAGAAGCUCUUAAUUACGGGAGAUACAGUUCGGAGAGUGACGUGUGGAGCUUUGGCAUCCUUCUCUGGGAGACCUUCAGCUUAGGGGUCUGCCCGUACCCUGGAAUGACAAAUCAGCAGGCACGUGAGCAAGUGGAAAGAGGGUACCGGAUGUCAGCCCCCCAGCACUGUCCAGAGGAUAUCUUUAAAAUUAUGAUGAAGUGUUGGGAUUACAAGCCUGAAAACCGCCCCAAGUUCAGUGAACUUCAGAAAGAGCUCACUGCCAUCAAGAAGAAAAUGACAUAGUGAAGGAACGGUGCCGAACAGCCGUCCGGACUUGCUCCUGCUGCUCCUGCAGUCAUAUCGUUCUUCUCAUUAACACCGACUUUAUACCACAUUACCUGCAACAGUCUGCUAAGGUUAUCUUUUUUAUUAACUGUUUUUUUUCCUUCAAAUAUGUACCACUUAAAAAAAACAAAACAACAACACAAAGACCAAGGUAAAUGCAUUCAAGAAACAGUCCUGCCCUGGGCUUUAUUAGCUCGCCACAGCAAUCUUGCCCUUUCAGGUCACUGUAAAUAGAAAAGCACAGGCUCUAAUGUGAGGGAAAGCAGAGCUCUUUUCCACACCAGGACCACUGAUGUUUCUCGAAGCUUUCCUACUUCAGGAACAGUUCAUGGGCUGCGGUCCUAUUCCCAUGCCACAAACCUGACUUAAUCGGUGCUAUACGCUGCCUUGGAAAUGCCAUGUUUGCAGGACACAUUCCAACCAAUACUGGCUUUCUGCUCUGCCAAGGCAAGAUUGUGUUUGUAACCGUCAUUUUUAUAUUGGGAAUUAUUUGGCCCUUCCUAGGGUUUUUCUUUGCUUUCUUGCCAAAAAUGAGUGCAGUGUAAGAAUCAUCACACUUCCUGUAUCAUUAGUAAGGCUGACGUUUCCCUUCUCCUCUGUCUGAGCAUCAGAAAACCAUGCAUGAGAUGUCCUCAAAAUAGCACACGCCUCAUGGCGAGGCAGCAGCUUUUAAAGGAUGGUUUUGAGUUGUGACAGCAGGAAGUUUGAACAGGAGGGUGGUCUGAAGAAAAAAAGCAGUGAGAGCAGUGAACACAAGAGAAGGAAAGUAUUAUUUUAUAUCUGAGUUAUGCCUUUACAAACACACAACCUUUUCAUGUUAUGGUCUGAAUUCACAAAACAGUUUCUAAAAAACAUUUUUCAGGAGUUCAGAGAUAAAGCCUUCUUAAUGGCAACAAACUUUUUUUUUUUUUUUUUUAGAGCAACUACAAAGCACAAGUUCACACAACUAACAGCAUACUUUUGGUAAAGUACCCUCAUGUCAGAGGAGGCAUCCUAGAAUUUCAUUCCCUUCAUUUGUACCAGUUUGCAGAGCUGUUAGAGUUUCAUAAUCCUAGUUCAGAUAAACACUUUCAUGUGUGUGUACACACACACAUACACACACACACUACCACAAAGCAAGGCAGAGUAAAUGGAGUAAAUGGUUAAGAAGAUGAACGGUACUUAGGAAAAAGAUAUAGGACAGCCCUUGUAGUUCCACUUUCCCCCUUCAUUUACCCUUAGACUGCUACCUGGAAAUUUUUAUCAUUAGCUGACAGGUAUGCAAGUACAGUUCUGGAGGAGCUUCAAAUGAAUAUGUCACACAGAGUUAAAUCUAGGAUUCUGUUGAGCUAAAUCUUAGCUGCAUCCAGGGAAUCACCCCAUGUUCUGUAUAUAUUGCUUCUCAGGAUAAAUGUGUGUGAUGGUCUCGCUCAGGGGUCAGUGUAGCUUGGGAGCUUUUAAUAAGCACUCAGGCAGGUGUCCAGAUAAAGAGUACCUUAGUGAUCAUUUGGUCUACAUUUAUUGGAAAAGCUUAUGGGAUAGGGAAAAAAAAAAGAAAAACAACAACUGUUUGCUGCCUAUAUGAAUAUCAUUACACAGAACUCACACCCAAUACUCUAAAGAGUAGAAAAGAUAAUACUGAAGAGAAAAAUGGCUUGUGUCUAUCAUUUCAAUCUCCUUGAAAGUUUUAUACAUAUUUAAUGCUUAAAACGAAAGCAUAAAAUUGCCCUCAAAAAUACAUUGCAAUAUUCAAAGCCAUUUUUUACAUCAGCAUUGGUUUCCCUCUGUCAAAUAUUGCAAAUAAAUGGGACCUUCUUUUGAUGGCAUAUACUGUGGUAAAUCAGAGCUCAGACUCACGAAUUAAAAUGAAGUGCUAUGGUCUUCAGGCCCUUGCCCGUCUACAAAAGUAAGAGUAAGAUGGGGACAUUUCCACCCUUUGUCAUUAUUUCCAAGUGACUCUUUCCAUAACAUUCUUUGCUGAAAGAAAAGAGCCUCCCGUCACUUCACAGCCUCAAUGCUAAGCUCUCAACAAGGAGAGAGAAGGAUGGUUUGGGCUUUCAUUUUGUGAACAAGGCCUGAAGCUCAAUCUCUGCAUUCUGGUUUGAGGCAUGAACAUGGCAUUGAUAUUUCAUUCAUCCCAGCUGUUGGAAUUUACAAUUCACAUCAUAACUCUGUGCUUAAAUUAAAGAAGCUUUUCAAAACAUCAUGACAUCUGCUGCAUUUAAAUUCUAUUUUAUUCUUUGUCCCAAAGCAGGCAGUGGUAUAGUGCAGGAUUAAUAACUCAUUGGGAGUCUUGCAGGAUAUCAGUUGUACAGAAUAUUAAAUUUAAUAUAGGCACAUGCAUCAAGAAAGACUUAGGCAAACCAUUUUUUUACUGUUAAUUUUCUUGCACUUAAAGCAUAACUUAUUCAUCCCUUCUGUCACCGAUAAUUAUUGGAAUUAUGUACUUUAGGAGACUAAUCCCUACCUAAAAAGCACACACAUAAAUACUUUUCUGAAUUUGCAAGUUGAUGCAGGCAAAGAAGGCUUCAGAAAUGCCCAAAAUCCGAUGACUUGUUUAGUAAGAAAACAGUUGUAGCCAAAAUUGCUACUGGUCUGAACGUAAUUAAGCCAGGUUGCAAACCUUUGUGUUAUUAAUUGAUUUUUCCAAGAGUUGCAUGUAUCACUACCAUACAGUUCCUGUCAUAAUUCCUGAAAUUUAUGGAUACGGAGGGUGUGAGAGAUGAGUUAAGCCCAGGCAGUCUGACUCUCUCACCUACAUUUUUUUGUUUUGAAUCACCAAGGAGCCUUUAUGAAAAAUAUUUAGCUAGUUCAUUAUUUUUCAAGGAAAGAAACCUUUUAAUGUCAAACUAACAUUUAUUACCAACAUGUGAAACCUAAAAUUAAUUUUUUAUUUGAGAAAUCUAUCUAAAUUUACUUCCCAAAGCCAAUGAAUUCCUUCUCUUCCAGGAAAAGAAUAAUAAAGGAUUAACAGGUUUUGUUUAAAUGUUCAAAACCAGAGGCUUUAUUUCAGCCCAUCCUGCCACUAGGUUCCCAGUGAAAGGUCUCAUUUAUCUUUUAUCUUCCAAAUUUGAUAUAAGCAAUAAAGUUCUUCAUCCAUAAUUCACAAUUUUAUCACAAAUACAAUAUUACUUAAACAUCUUACAAGCAGAUCAGCAUAAACCAUGAGCCACUUGUAUUUGCUAUUGUUCAAAACACAUUUCACAAUUGUUUUUCAUUUGAGGGUUAUUUUUAAAAGAAAUAACUGUUUAGUCACUGAAAUAGUUUUAAUUUCCUUUAAUCUACAGUAUGGUUUUCUUGUCUAUGUUAUACUUAUAUUUCAGGUUUGCCAUAUAGUUUCAUACAAAGUUCGGCUAAUACCACUAAAAUAACUAUGGCUUCACAAUACUAGUGUGAGACUGUAUCAAGAAUGAAGUGUUUUAAUUACAAUAUAUGUCACACACUGAGGACCUUGUAGUGGGAUACACAUAAAAAUUAGAAUGCAAUGACACAUGUCUGCAUUGCACGUCACCUUCACUGAGUUAUCUCAGUCACUCCACUUUAUAAUUCAUUCUGUGAGUCAACAGGUGUUCUGAAAACCUUACAAAAACCUUCCUUAGUAUGCUCUGUGUACACUAUUGUGUGGCGCUGUGUCUUUUGAAGUGAGAUUAAUUGAAAUUUUCUGAAAAGAGGAUGUUUGCCUCAGCCCUCUUUUUUUUCUCACAUCCUCCCUUGAUCACUACAUUGAUAUUUUAGCUGUUUCUUAUCAACAAAAAUUGAUUGUCCAUAAGCACUAUUCUGAGUCAUGCAAAGACUGACUUUUGUAUUUAGGAGGUCAGAAACCUCACACCGAACAGAGAAUGCAAAAUAAAAAGAACAACAAAAGGGCAGACAAUUGAAAAAGACACUUUUCUUUAUGUAUUAAUAUGUUAAUUAAAUGGAAACAAAGAUUUUAUAUGAAAAUGAGUUUAUAUUACUUUUCCAUUAUACUAUUAAGUUAGCUCACAAGUUUACCAUUAAAAUAAAGUGUUACCUCUUUUAUUACUAACUGAUUUGCUUAUACAUACCAGGAUAUUUUUAUUAAAUAUUUUAAUUUUAUUUAUUUUUCUUUGUUAUGAUAAAUUUCAUAUCAAGUCUGAAUAGUAGUAUAUCAUUUGGAAGAAUUCAGAACCACACAUUCAUUUUGGCAAAAGAAAAUACUCAUGUACCAAGAUUGUCUACUUGAAGUAGGUAUUGGUACAAUCUUAGAGUCCCAUAAAAUUAUCCUUUAAAAAAUAAUGCUAUAACAUAGAAGGAGUAUGAUCUAUAUAUCUUAGUCAUAAUUCAAUUUAAGGAAAUAUUUAUUAUCUUUUGAAAACCAUCCUACUGCCUCCUACUGAUUCAACGAUUAAAUUCUAACUUGUCAAGUAUAGAUACUAAGAUGCACUUAGCUGCCUAAUAAGGACUGAGAUUUUCGAGUGGUAGAAAAAUUCUGUUCUAAACUCCUAGUCACUUUAAACUGCAGAGAAGUAAUGAGCACAGGCCUCAGUGUAUCUGUUAAUAAGGAGCUGAGGCAAGCAGCUACGAAGGCAAAGAGGAAAGAACCUUAUUUGAAGGCGAAAUGACGCAGCCCCUACGGACAGUGGAGCAAAGACUUGGACAGUGUCACUAGAAAGCCUGAGGAGAACAGUGCCACCAAGCCUGACCCUUCCCUACAGAAAAUUAAAGUCACCUGCCAAUGUGCGGGUCUAUUAUGAGCAAACCAAAACACCUCUCUCCCUGCAUUUAGAGCAGUAUCCCUAGCUCAGACGUCACGUUGCCAUGGGUGACAUUUAUACACAUUGUCCUGACAGCUAAAGGAUUUAGUCAUAUCUUCGAACUUAAGAGAGACAACUCAGUCUUUUUCCAUUUGCAUUCGUUGCAUUUAAUAGUUCUUAAACUCAGGUCACUGAUGAUUCAGACCUUAUUGGAAGUCUUUGGUUGCAAUGGGGCUUAACCUGGGCCAGUCUCCUAAAUGAGAGCAGGCUUAGAUCAACCUCCUUUUCACCUUCUGAUUGAUGUUAACUAAUUGGCUCCUAUGGUUACCCCCAGAAGGACCUGACUGUGAUGAGCUCUAUUCUGGGGAAACAUGGGAUUCAGCAGGGAAGUAGGAAAAUACCAAUUAAAGAGUAGUGUUCCAUAUCUUUAUGCUACUGUGUUUCCCCGAAAAUAAGAGCUAGCCACACCAUCAGCUCUAAUGCAUCUUUUGGAGCAAAAAUAAAUAU